UAAUCGUAGUUCCACAGUUAGCAAAAAGUUCUACAAACUAAUUUAAAUCCACAGAGACCCCAAUUGAUUGAUUGUAUGAUUUCUCUGGAUAAAUUUAUAUUUGAAUAAAGAAGAAACAAUCAUUGUCAUCAAAUCUCUGGAUUUCUCUCUAUUCUAUAUCGAUAGAUCGAGGCGGUGACUCGCAUGUGGUAGUUUUGGAUCAGUGGUUUUUUUUUUAUAGAAUGGAGAAAGUUUCAUCGCCGUCUUCUUCUUCUUCUUCACGGAGGUCUGCUUAUCUUGAAGCUCUUACUCAGGAGAUUAAGAAGAAACUUACUCGGGCUGUUGUCUCUCCAGCACAAACACGCAACUUGUUACAGGACUUAUUUGCUGAUAUAGCUCUCGAAGUUGACGAACGAGCUAAAGAUGUGAUUCUUAGCAAAGAAGAAGAUUUGAUUUCUUCCGAUGAAGCAGAUGCUGAUGGUCCGUUAUGUUUUUUCGACGUGCUUGCUGAUUAUUAUGUGAAAGUCUCUGAGAGGGGCAAAGAUAUACUUGAUUUGAUGGUGCAGCUCUGGAGCCAGUCUUUUGCAUCACAUAUAUUCUCUCUACUGUUUCAUAAAUGGCUGUUUGAGGUUGAGCUUGACAAUAAAGAAAUACUCCUGCGAUAUUCUUCGGCUCUGGUUCAGGGAGCAACAAAUGUCUUCUGGAUAGACAUCCAGACAAAUACGAGGCGCUUCCAAAGUCUCUUUCGGUAUCUUCUUGAGGAAGUUGCAUUGGAACCGAUCCGAUUGAAAAAAAUUCCCAUUCAGGCUCAGAGGGAGCUUUAUCUCUUGCUCUCAAGGUUCAUUUUCUUUUACAAUUCAGUGGAUAAACUCGAUAGCUUCUUAAGCAACUUUCCAGAGUUUCCAAAUGCUUUCUUGAUAGGAGGACCGGGAGAUUUCCUUGUUAUCGAACUUACUGAUCAGCUGCAAAAACUGAAGGUGGAACCGGUGCUGCUACAUUAUCUUUCUCAGAUGAAGAUUCUUCAAGGUAUGGAACUGAGAAUGACCACUAGCACGAGGUUAAAGGCAUGUUUAUAUAGUUUUACAUCUCCUGGAGGUCCAAUGUACCCGACAAGAGCUGUCCGUCAUGCAGCCUGGGAUUCUUUGGAUUCCCUCUUUCCCGUCGGGCGUUACCCGAGGCAUCUCAUUAGUCUAUUUUUCAGGCUCCUAUAUCCGUGGUACUGGCCAUCCUCGUGUUGGAAUUUUGUGGUUUCUUGCAUUAAGGCGGUACUAUAUUCUAUCGUAAGGCUCAUCUUUUCACGGCGAGAAAAGCCAAGGCAGAGCUAAAUAGCUUUUACGUUUGAUGAAGCUUACAGCAUGAAUCCAAUCCUUGUGUAUAUACAGUAAUGUGGUUUUGGUCACAGAGGCAAACCAGAGAGCCUUAACUUCAUCCGUAUUGCUUCCUAUGGAGAAGAUAGAAUCCGUUUUGUGAAAUAUCCUAUGGAAUACCUUUUGACGUGUUUUGUUGUCAUUGUUAAAAUUGUUAUUUUGCUAUAGAGGAUGAUGUAUUGUGUGACCAAAUCCACUUUUUGUAGAAGAACCGAUGUUUCAUCCCUUCUUUUGUUCUUCCAUUAGAAAAUUUCACUAUCCAUGGAGUCA